AUAUCAUCACUUCACAAACCAAGAUGGCGGCCGUACAGAACAGGGGCCGGCGACACAAGUGGGCGAUAGACUUCAGUCACAGGAGAGGUGAUCGACAGAUCCAGCCGACCUCUGACCUCCCGUCACCUGUCGGGUACACGGACAAAACUGUGACGGACGUGUCGGCCAGGGACAAGGACUCCAGUCUGGUGGCUAAGAGAGCCUGGGAUGUGGCCCUGGGUCCCCUGAAACAGUUACCCAUGAACCUGUUCAUCAUGUACAUGUCUGGAAACUCCAUCUCCAUCUUCCCCAUCAUGAUGGUUGGGAUGAUGUUCAUACGUCCUGUCCAGGCCUUCCUCUCUGUCAAGAGCACUUUCAAGAACUUUGAAGGCACCCAGGCCCUGGCACAGAAAAGCGUGUACCUGGUGUCUAACCUCUUAGCGUUAGGCCUGGCCCUGUACAAGUGUCAGGCCAUGGGUCUCCUCCCAACUCACUCCUCCGACUGGCUGGCUUUCAUGGAUCCACAACAGAGAGUGGAAUAUUCCAUGGGAGGCAUGGUGGUGACAUAGAAGAAGAGUACAAGAGCCUUUCGAUUAUGUCUACUUUAAACUACAUGUUCCUUGUAAUCAGUUUACCACACAGUACUAGUUUCUGUACACUACAGCAUAUGGCAUCAGAUACAUGUACACGUCAUUUUAGGCCUGUAUUUUUUUUUUUAGUCAUCUAUUAUGAUCUAAAUGUUGUAUGUGAGGUUACGCUGCAAUAUUUUCCUUUGAUUGACGUGAAGUGAAUACAAUCCAACUGUGAUUGCACAAAGAUUGAAACAUGUAAUAAGUAAUGUAUGAUGAUUUAUUUAUGGAACAGAACAUAAACAUAUACUACCAUUGCUUCGAUAAAUAUAUGUGUAUGCUGGUUUCGUUAAUGUAACCUUUGCUUCAGAGAUGUGUAUCUCCUAAGAGAAAUUCUAUGUGGAUAUGCAUGGGUAACAUAAUGACACCCUAAACCAUUCUGUCCUAGUUCUGUCAGUUAUUAUUUAGGAGUGUCCCACUAAUGUAAAAAUACUGUAAAUGUAUACAUCUGCAAAAGGGUUUUAGAAAUGAAUCAGAGAUUAGUGCUUGGGAGAUAUUCAUUAAAAGGCCUGUUUUCAGAUGGUAUAGAUAAAAGGCAAUUUGCACAUUUUGGAGUCCAAAUCAAUUAUAAUUGUAACUGGUCUGGGAGUUGAGGUGUGUUUUUGCCUGAGACUGUUAUCUUUGUAUUCUUUUUCUCAUUUGCUCAUUGAUAAAUACAACUUGCUGAUA